AUGGGUGAUCAAAUCAAAGUGCCGAGCCCCAAAAAGCCGCAAGUUCACAAAUAUACCUCUAGGAAACGGCGAGAGAUUAAUGUCUCCCCUGAGCAGUUAAAGAGAGUCAAGGGAUACCAGAAAAUGGUUGCUGGGGUGCUAUUUAUGAUUGUUCCGUGCGUGGAGCUUUAUAGAAGAUUGUAUAGAGAUGGAGAAAGGAAGAUGCAAGAGGGAGAAUACAAUCCUGUGGAUGGAACAAUAAAGAAGUACACUGAAGAGGAAAAAAUUGAGGUUGAUGCACGGUUCCGGAGAGAGCUCUUGGACCUCACCUUCAUAUUGAGAGAAUUUAGCAGUGGAUAUGAAGGUGUUCUUGGUCUGAUGGUUGCAUUGGAGGCCGCAUAUGUGAUGUUGCAUAGUGCUGUUUUUGGUCUUGAAGGUAACUUCAAUUGA